AUGAAGACAUCUUUCCUGAUUGCCGCUGCGUUCCUCAUCCUGACCUGCCUUUUGGGCGUGGAAGCCCCGUUACCGUCAGCUCUGGGUACCGUCAUCGCUCUUGGAGGAGCCGCCGGAAUCAAGCUUGCCGUUGCCAUGAAAAUUCUACGGUAUUUAGGCUUUUUUGACAUCAGCCGUUACGGCGUCGGUUUGAGAGCCUCCGUGGAAAACGAGGCUUUGCCAGAGACCGUCGUGCCAGCUCCACUGCGGUCGCCAGGCCUGGGCAGCGGUCCGACUAUCUCAGUCCCCGUCGCGGUACUGCCAUUCUUGCUUGGACAAGGGAUCACCGACAAGGUAGCGAAGAAAAAGGAAGGCGUGAACAGCAUAGGCCAGGAUUUCAGGCUGGAGGCGAGCCAAAGCGCAAGUUGGGACGAUGACAAGUUCAAGAUUUCAGAGCACGGGGACGCCUCGCUGGACGGCUCGAAGGGAGCUGCUGUGCAAUUUGGCGGCAACCUCAGGAGUCCCAUUGUCAACGCCGAUACUCUACAGAAGGCUUCUAUCAUGGCAAAACGCAGUGUGACCAUUGACUCUCACGUUUACGACAAAGCGUUCGCCCUCGUGCGCGACUUGGACGUCGAUGACUGCGUCGAGAAGGUGACAUGCGAAAUCGGAGCGGAUCCCGCCCGUUACGGAGCAUACGGACUGCGCGUGGACGAAUUUUUGGCUUCACUGGCACCCCUGGCGAACUCCUCUUCUUUCUACGAUUACCAGCAAGCUUACAACGUAGGCACCAAGUCGGGCCUUGAGGAGUGCUCGAAGGUCUUCCCCGACUGCAAGUUUGAUCUGCGAGGAAUUGCAGCCCUCCUCGACUCUUCGUCGUAG